UUCGUACGCAGUUGAUCUAGAACCACUUUGUAUCGACGCCUUGUUUUAAAACGGUUUGUUUUUGUUUUGUUUUUUAACUAAAGCGACUUCGUCUCAGAUGAUGCUCUCUCCAUCACCGCCGUCAUCACCUGCCGGGGCGGAUUCAGCCGGCAGGAAGCGAUCUAACGAUGUUUUGUUUUAUUUGUUCGGUCGAUCGUUUUGUCAUCAUGUCGCCAGGCUUUGACUAAUGUGAUGGAAAGCGACAAACUAACAUGUGAAAGACAGAUACCGCCCCAGCACUGGAGAAGCUGCAAGUUGAUCAUCGACCCGGCUCUGACCAGAGGACUGUACAAAGUCUACCGCUACGACGGAGAGCGCUUCAACAUACCGGUGGAGGACUUAGGUAUGUUUCCUGUGGAUGUUGUCAGAGAUCCUCGCGUCAACCGCCUGUGGAGGAGAAACAGCGACACUGAUCUGUCGGUGCCAAAAUUCAAGAUCGACGAAUUCUACGUUGGACCCGUUCCUCCCAGAGAAGUGACGUUCUCCAGGUUGAACGACAACGUGAACGAGCCCUUCCUGACGCAAAUGUGCCAAAAAUAUGGGAACAUUCAAGAGGUGGAAAUAUUCUACAAUCCCAAAAACAGGAAACAUUUAGGUAUCGCCAGGGUUGUGUUCGAUGGCGUGCGGGCCGCGAGGGACGCCGUCCAGAACCUCCACCAGACGUCAGUCAUGGGGAACAUCAUCCAUGUGGAGGUCGAUCCCAAAGGGGAAAACAGAGACCAGUAUCUCCAGCUUCUCCUGCGUGGACAUUACACUCCUGGGACGCUGCCCGUGGGCAGCAGUGAGCAGGAUCUGCAAAGUUCAGUUGACGUUUGGCAGGGCAGAGCAGACCCUCAGCUGACCGGCACCAUCUGCAACCCCUCCAGCACUGCUACACCCCUGUCUUUGGAUACAGCCUACUCCACUAUUUGGCAGGACACGCCCUGUAGCCUCAGACUGACGCCGCAGUCUCAGGGAACACCCUGUCUCUCUGCCACUCCUCUCUCCCAGGACUCCUGCUACUCUAGUCUUCAGGCAACUCCAGUCCUCCAGGGGGAGCCCUCCGUCCUGACCGUCUAUAAAGGUCUGAUGCGACAGCUCCGCCGUCACGCACCUUCAUGGUACAAGCAGAGACCCGGCAGAGCGUCAGGGGUGAAGGCGAUCUUAGGGCACCGCCUCACCCCGCUACCUCACCCUCUGUCCUCACAAACGCACGGAAACAGCCAGCAGGUGGCGCUGUGGGGCCGCAGUGCUGAGAACUCAACACACAAUGUCACAAAAUUUUCAUUCGACUGCACCUCCACCUGCGACAUAUCCAGAGACGGAACCACUUCUACCUCCAAGACCCAGGACGACAGCGAGCUCAGCGUCCGGCCUCCGGCCUCACCCAGGGACACCACCUCCUCCUCCUCCCCUCCUGCUGCCGCCGUCCACAGCUCCUCCAGCAACCGUCGGCCAGGGCUGGAGAGUCUUGACUCCCGUAUUGAAAAUCUGCUGUUGAACAGCCAGGGGACCACGGGCCCACUGUUUGACACACAGACUUUAAGGGACAGCCCGUCGUCGCCCUGCUCCGGCCAUAAUUCCCCAUCGUCGCACGUGGAUUCAGUAGAGGGCGCCGUGACCGCCGAUGGACCGUGCCCAGCCGACGACAGGCAUUCGGCUCGUGUGAGUGCCCCCGUCAGUGACAGCAAGGAGGAUGAAACCAGUCGAGCUGUUGCCUUUCUCACCAGACACUGCCGGUCUCCCUCCUCCUCCUCCUCCGACCUCCCGCCUCAGUCACUGCCUCACCCAAAGGGCAGAGCAGACCCUCAGCUGACCGGCACCAUCUGCAACCCCUCCAGCACUGCUACACCCCUGUCUUUGGAUACAGCCUACUCCACUAUUUGGCAGGACACGCCCUGUAGCCUCAGACUGACGCCGCAGUCUCAGGGAACACCCUGUCUCUCUGCCACUCCUCUCUCCCAGGACUCCUGCUACUCUAGUCUUCAGGCAACUCCAGUCCUCCAGGGGGAGCCCUCCGUCCUGACCGUCUAUAAAGGUCUGAUGCGACAGCUCCGCCGUCACGCACCUUCAUGGUACAAGCAGAGACCCGGCAGAGCGUCAGGGGUGAAGGCGAUCUUAGGGCACCGCCUCACCCCGCUACCUCACCCUCUGUCCUCACAAACGCACGGAAACAGCCAGCAGGUGGCGCUGUGGGGCCGCAGUGCUGAGAACUCAACACACAAUGUCACAAAAUUUUCAUUCGACUGCACCUCCACCUGCGACAUAUCCAGAGACGGAACCACUUCUACCUCCAAGACCCAGGACGACAGCGAGCUCAGCGUCCGGCCUCCGGCCUCACCCAGGGACACCACCUCCUCCUCCUCCCCUCCUGCUGCCGCCGUCCACAGCUCCUCCAGCAACCGUCGGCCAGGGCUGGAGAGUCUUGACUCCCGUAUUGAAAAUCUGCUGUUGAACAGCCAGGGGACCACGGGCCCACUGUUUGACACACAGACUUUAAGGGACAGCCCGUCGUCGCCCUGCUCCGGCCAUAAUUCCCCAUCGUCGCACGUGGAUUCAGUAGAGGGCGCCGUGACCGCCGAUGGACCGUGCCCAGCCGACGACAGGCAUUCGGCUCGUGUGAGUGCCCCCGUCAGUGACAGCAAGGAGGAUGAAACCAGUCGAGCUGUUGCCUUUCUCACCAGACACUGCCGGUCUCCCUCCUCCUCCUCCUCCGACCUCCCGCCUCAGUCACUGCCUCACCCAAAGUCCGAUACCAGAGUGACCGGAGCUCCAACGCCAACCAAGGACACCACGUCCCUCCUCCAGCCUCCGCCCAUCUCCUCCCAACGCCGGGAUGACAAAACUCUUCCCGCUGUCAACUCCCGUCCUCACGUUAUUCCACCUUUUCCGUUCCCCGUUCCCCCUCGUCUCCCAAACGGCGCCAUUUCGAUCCCACCGCCGGGCUGGAUUGGCCCUCCCUGGAUCCACAUUCCUCCUCCCCCGAUCCCGCCACCUCCCCAUCCAUCCAUACCUCCUCCACCAACUUUUUUCGGAUCUUCUACUCCUCUGAUGGGGCCCCCUCCUCUCCUACCUCCCGUGCCCAUGAAUAUACCGCCUCCGACAAAUGUGGAUCAGAGGAAUCCUCCGAGGCACGGCGGCGCACACCCACCCUGUCCUCCUCCUCCUUGGCCCGCGCCUCCUUUCCCCGGUUUCACCCACUUUGCGACUCCACCACCACCGGUCAGGGUUCCGGCGCAGGAAGACCCUCAUAAGGUGACGCUGGAAAAGGUUUUAGAAGUCGUAGUGACCGAACUGAAGUCGGUGAUCAGGAAGGACAUCACGCGCAGGCUGGUGGAGGGGUUGUCCUUCAAGGCCUUUGAGGACUGGUGGGACGGUCAGGAGAGGAAGACCAAGAUUCAAGCUUCUUUGAAACACGGAGGCGGUCCGGACCAAAGACGAGCGACUCCCCUCAGCGCCACCUGCAGCCAGGGCAAGAGAAAAUCCCUGCCGUCCUUCAAGUUGAAAAGAAAACGUCCCGACGACGCAGCUUCGACCAACGACGCAGAAAGUUCCGUUUCCCUAACGAACGGAAUUCCUGACAUAAACCAGGAGGAGGUCGCGGUGAGGUUGAAACGCAGAGACGCAAGACCCCAGGUGCUCGACAGUGAUGAAGAGGAAGAGGAGGAGGAGGAGGGGGAUGGUGGAAGAAAACAUGAAAGCGACUCUCUCUCAGAGAGCAGCUCCUCAGGGGACAGUGAAUAUUCUUCAGACUGCGACUCCUCCUCCUCCUCCUUCUCAGAGACUUUUGAGGACUCUUCCUUUUCCGACCUCUAUCCAGAGGAUGAAGACACGGUGGACGGUGUGAAGACAAGAAUCUUGACGUUGACUUCAGAUGAGGAGUCGGUGGAUCUGGAGCCUCCCCUGAACUCUGCAGCUCCACUGACACCGGUCGCUCACUUGGACCUGUGUCUGCAGGACUGGUCAGAACCGUACCAGAGGUCGGACACCAGGUCGGACAAGGAACCAUAUUUAUCCUGUCAACGGGACAUAGAUGGUUUUGACGCUCUGAUGGAACUGAAAACCAGCCGGCACCAGGAUCCUCCGUCCCCUCUAGAACUCUCAGUCGAACCAGACCUGGACGUUGACAUCACGAGUCACGAGUCUCCAGAACACGGUGACAACCUGAAACCCGCGACACCGACAGGAUACCUGGGGGACAGCGACCCUGACAUUCUGAUUAAGAGCAAACCAGCGUCCUCUGCUGUGCAGGAGGUGGAAUGUCCACAAACACCAGGCAAAGCAACAGUGCCUGAACUGGAGGGGGAGGACUCGGGGGACGCCAGUGAAUAUGGUUCCCUCUCCCCCCUUGUGAGCAUCGACCUCGUGGAAGUUCACGCGCACUUCCCCCUGGCUUCGUUUGACAUUUACCAGGAAGUGCCUAAAACCCCUGGUAGAGAGGAGACCAGCGCCUGGACGCAGUUCAGUUCCUUGAGAGCUCCGGCUACAUCCGGGAAACACACGCUACUGUCCGAGGGCUCACCCCUGAGCAGCCCCCUGGCUGUACCGCCCCUGUCCACUAAUCCGUAUGUAUUAGCCCCAAAGACCCCCGGGAGAGACAUUUUUCUACCACGUAAAGCACUGGUCCACAAGAGGACACACACGCCCACUCUGCCGGACUCACCGUCCGUGUUGAGCGAUGACGGUCUUGGGGCCGUGUCCUCGCCGUGCAGCCUCUCAGAACCGUCUCCAGACACUGUCCACGGGUCCACGCAAGUGUGGACCAGUUCCAGAACGAAACCGUUACAGGGUCUGGAGAAUGUGCCGGGCCUUUGGCACGAGGACAAGAACUUUUUAAGGAUAAAACAGUGGACGAAGGCAACGAGGAGAUGGAGAGUCUACCACGGCCACCAAUGGAGCAAAAGGACUCAUCCCUACAGGGGGCGCUCUCUACGGGAGGAAAGGAGAAUCCUUCACAGCCUUUGGAGGGAGGGUCUGGACGAAGAAGACGCCGGGUUGCUGAGGUCCACCUACGACAGGCUGCAGGACCAGGACGACGGCUGCGGGUGGCUCACCGACACCCUCUGGAUCCCUCACCCUCUGACAAAAGUCGUGAGCGAGACGAGUGACGAACACAAACACUGGACGCAGAUCCACCGGACCGGCUGCGCUCGCUGCGAAGGCUUCUACAAAAUCAGCAGAAAAGAAAAACUUAAAUACCUCCGACACACAAAAAAGGACACGCUGCUGCCCCCUACCAACAGUCAGCAGCAGACCUCGUUACUGCGAUCUGGAUCGGACUUCAGGUCCGAACAGCGCCGCCUGCUGUCCUCUUUCAGCUGUGACAGUGAUCUAGUGAAGUUCAACCAACUGAAGUUUCGGAAAAAAAGGAUUUGUUUCAGCCGCAGUCACAUCCACGAGUGGGGCCUGUUCGCCAUGGAGCCCAUCGCAGCACACGAGAUGGUGAUAGAAUAUGUCGGUCAGGUCAUUAGACAGGUCAUCGCCGACAUGAGGGAGCAGCGGUACAAGGAGGAGGGCAUAGGGAGCAGCUACUUGUUCCGGGUUGACCAGGACACCAUCAUUGACGCCACCAAGUGCGGGAAUUUGGCGAGGUUCAUCAACCACAGUUGUAAUCCUAACUGCUACGCUAAGAUCAUCACUGUGGAGUCCCAGAAGAAGAUCGUCAUCUAUUCCCGGCAGCCAAUCAGCAUCAACGAGGAGAUCACCUAUGACUACAAGUUCCCCAUCGAGGAAACCAAGAUUCCCUGUUUGUGUGAAGCCAACGGCUGCCGCGGUUCUUUGAACUGAACUGAACAAUGACGCUAGCCUUGACUUCCGAUAUUUACAAUAUUGGCG